AUGAAAGACGUAACAUCAAGUUUCGAUGGUUUGGUACUUGACGAUUUGCACAAUGAUCGCUUGUUACUCUUUUCUCCGUCUCCAGAGCACUCACAAGCGUGUAAUAAUAAGGUUUUAGAAAUUGAGUCACCGACUUUUUGUGACAAGACAACAUCGACGAAAUGGGUUCGAAAAGAGAAGAUUGGAAUAUAUGAUGUUAACAAAAAGAUUAAUUGA